CGGCCGGGAACUCGGGGAGAUUCCCGCGGAGGCCCGCGGGAGGCAGCGCGGGGCCUGGCGCGGAGGCCCGGGCCUGGGAGCCGCAGGCAUGCUACGUCCCAAGGCUCUGACCCAGGUGCUAAGCCAGGCCAACACCGGCGGUGUCCAGAGCACGCUGCUGCUGAAUAACGAGGGAUCCCUGCUGGCCUACUCCGGCUACGGGGACACGGACGCCCGGGUCACCGCGGCCAUCGCCAGCAACAUCUGGGCCGCCUACGACCGCAACGGGAACCAAGCGUUUAAUGAAGACAAUCUCAAAUUCAUCCUCAUGGACUGCAUGGAGGGCCGUGUCGCCAUCACCCGGGUGGCCAACCUUCUGCUGUGUAUGUAUGCCAAGGAGACAGUGGGCUUUGGAAUGCUCAAGGCCAAGGCCCAGGCCUUGGUGCGGUACCUGGAGGAACCCCUAACUCAAGUGGCCGCCUCCUAGUGAGCCUCGGCUGAAGCUGGGCUCGGAAAAGA